AUGCUUGCUUCCGAACCUCUUAGCCACUAUCCACCGAACCCGAUUCCGGAGCUCGCAAAAGAUCUGUGUAUGCAGGCUAUACAGCAUCUCAAACCCGGGGUUGGGACCAAGGUAGGCCGGCCCGAGUACUAUAAGGCGCGAAGUAUCAAACACUGCUGCCAAAUGAUCGGCCGUCGUCGAAUGAGCGUAGAAAGGAAGUAUGAUGGGGAAUACUGCCAGAUACACAUUGACCUCACCAAGCGCCCCAAUCCCAUCCAAAUUUUCUCCAAAAGUGGCAAGGAUUCUACCGAUGACAGGGCGGGAAUCCUCUCGGUGAUUAAGGACGCCCUGAAUAUGGGUAAGCCUGAAUGCAAAGUCUCUCGCCAGUGCAUCCUCGAGGGUGAAAUACUUGUCUGGAGCGACAACCACGGCAAGAUCGCAGAUUUUCAUAAGUUGCGCAAAUUCAUUGCUCGAUCAGGCACCUACAUUGGAAUAGACAAUGAUUCCCCACCGCAAACUUACGAGCAUUUAAUGAUUGUGUUCUUCGACAUUCUGCUUCUUGAUGACGACAUCUGCCUUAGGAAGCCACAUCGCGAGCGACGACUACUUCUAAAGGAUGUUGUCAAAGUAAUAGAUGGAUAUGCGGACAUUGCAGAGCAACACAUCGUCGAAUUCUCCCGUCCCGAUGGUCGGUCUCGUCUCGAAACAAUAUUCUCGAAGGCAGUUAGGGAAAGAUGGGAAGGACUCGUCCUAAAAGGUUGUGAAGAUCCCUACAUCUCCAUCUUUCCUGGUUCAGGGAACGGCUCCGCUGGUCGCUGGAUCAAGCUCAAGAAGGACUACAUACCAGGGUUGGGGGACACCGUAGACCUGGCAUUAAUCGGCGCUAAAUAUGACUCUCGGGAUGCUGCUGCGUUGAAUUUAUCCACGAAGAUAUUUUGGACACACUUUCACAUCGGCUGUCUGGUCAACAAAGACGCGGUCUUGCAGUCCGCAGCUGAGCCGAAGUUUCAAGUUAUGGAUGUCAUUGACCAUAACUCCAUGAGCCUGGAAAGUAUGCAAAUUCUCAAUCAGUUUGGGCAGUUUGGUGCCUGCGGUCUGGAUUCAGGUCAUGGGUUCCGGAUCGAGUUUGGAAAGGAUAGUCUCUCCGACAUGAAUACCGUGUUCAAGAAACCGUUCGUGGUCGAGAUGUUGGGAGGUGGAUUCGAGAAGCCAUCAGGUGCCAGAUACUUUACACUUCGAUUUCCUCGAGUUCAAAAAAUUUUCCUGGACAGGUCAUUUGAAGAGGCAGCCUCGUACCAAGAACUCCAACUAUUAGCUGAAGAAGCUCGGAUGGUACCAGCAGAAGACUUGCAUCAAGAGGAAGAGUGGAGAAGACAGCUCCAGCAAGGACAGGUGUCAUCGCACUAUAUCGUGACCAAGUCACAGACGACAUCCUCUGGGACAAGCUCGUGUCCGAUGACAGCAUCUAGCCCGAGCAAGGGAUCGUCGUUCGAAGCUAUCGCCACGACUGUUAUUCGAACCCAACCGCAACAUUCAUUGAGGGACUCCUUCCAGGAAUCGAAUCGCGUCGAUGAGGGGCGUGUACCAGCAGAUCCCAUUCCCAUUUUCGUGGAUGAUUCGACAACAGCUGCAUCGUCCCCGGAACCAUUCGAGCCGCCUCGAAAGCUUCUGAGAAGCAAUGACAACUUAUCGUCCAUUCAAAAAAGUCGUACAAGACACAACCAGGAGUCUUCCUCCGACCCGUCCAAAGGUAACAGUUCUAGUUACGGCGAGGAGAAUGGAAUCAUGUUUCCAUCGAAUGCCUCAAAUGUGCAAGCAACCUCCAUAACUUUACCUUUGCAACCGAGGAAGCGCCGAAAGCUCGCCGAGAAUCAUGCUGCCAGUGUCGCUCCUGUCGUUCCUAGCUCUUGCAACCAACGUCCAUGCAUCGAGUCACCGCUGACAAUGAUUCCAUUAUGCUUCCAUCAGGACCUGGUUCAUGAUGACUCUGCCAACAGCUUAAUCCCCGCCAACUCCUCCAAUCUCGCCAAGGAUAUUCAGACUUUCGUACAGAAAGUAUGCUCAAACAGACCAUUUUAUCCUACCAGGAGCCCCAAUCCCAGUACGGUACAUCAUGGCCUUGCCCUGGGCUUGUAUAUAGCAACAAUAUCGCAAGGCUCGCUCGGGAACCUUCUUCUCGAACUCAGCCAACAGGUCUCAACAGCCCUCAAAUCCAACAGACGUAAAUCUCCACGAAACGGCAAGAUUUUCAUUCUUGAUGCCAAAUUGCUCACUCUCAAGGCAAGACUAGACGACCCCAGGCUUCUCCUUCGCAUGACGUGGGAGACUAUCGGGAGAGAAUACUUCUACGCCUGCGUAUCGUGGAGCCCAGAGACAGGCGUUGAGAACUCGAAUGAUGACGUUUGUGUUUCAGAGAUACCCGGGACCCCAGUGGAUGGUGAAGGAGGUCAACGGUUAUGUCUACGGGAGUUGAUUAGGCCACAGAGCGCUGUGAGAGCACCGCAUAUCGCUAUAACCUUUGACAGCCGUGAAUUGGGGAAUUUGGGAGAUUUGAGUUCUUGA